AUGUCAUGCUUACUAUUUGACUUCGCGAUUGAGCCCUUGGCGUGCGCGUUACGCCAGUCGACGCUUAAAGGCAUUGUAAUUCCUGGAGAUACUGAGAGACUGAUUGCGACGUUGUUUGCGGAUGAUACAACGGUUUUCCUUGGAGAAGGCGAUGAUUACGAGGACGCGCUGGCACCUACGGAGGUUUGGUGUAGAGCGGCGAGGGCAAGGUUCAACCUGGAGAAAACGGAGGUUAUCCCUGUCGGAUCGCGUGAGUACCGUGAUUCAGUGGUGGCCUCGAGAAAGCUCUACCCGGACGCGGUGGCUAUACCGGAAAACGUUCACAUUGUUGGGGACGGCGAGGCAGUGAGAUCGCUCGGAGCAUGGAUUGGUAACGGAGUUGAUGAUGUGACGCCGUGGACGACACUGGUAACGACGAUGCGUAAGAACAUGCAGGGAUGGAGUAAGGGGAAACCGACUUUGAUUGGCAGGAAGCUGGCUGUGGACCUAGAAAUUGGUGGCCGCACCCAGUUUUUGGCCAAGGCGCAGGGAAUGCCGAAGUCGGUGGAGUCUGUGAUUACGAGGAUGGUUGCGGAUUUCAUUUGGAAUGGAGAUAAGCACCCACACGUCUCAAGGGAUACGUUAUAUGCCCCUGCGAGUGAAGGGGGCCUCAACGUACUGAAUAUUGGUGCGAGAAACGAUGCAAUAGAUAUCAUGAGGCUCAAGGACUAUCUGAAUAUGACGGAAACGAGGCCG